AUGCCGCGAGAAGUCGAGCCCUCGGUGAACGAGAGACAGUUCUUCGAAAAGGCUCUCGCUGAAAACCUCCGUCUGGAUGGCCGCGCCUUUGACCAAUUCCGCGAUUUGGAGUUAUCGUUUGGAGAUGAAUUCGGCGUCGCAGAUGUGAGAUUAGGGAAGACUAGGUAUGUGGAAUUUGCUAUGGAUUUGUUGCGCGAACUUGAAGAGUAUUCAAGUCUCUAUCUAUUGAGCUUCUAUAUUCAUAAGAGUUCCAUGAACAUCUAUGAUGGAGAUACAAAUGCUAUCUACAAUUCCCAACUUCCAUCAACCUCCAACCCAAACCACACCUCAACCCCAUCACCUCCCCAUACCCCACCCCAACCCACAAACCAAAAGACUAACCCAACCCCCCAUCAACAGAAUCCACACCAACAUCUCCGCCGAAGUAACAACCCCCUAUCCGGACAAACCCUUCGACGGCCUCUUCACCAUAACCACCGAGCUCUCCCCCAUGACCUCCCCACACUACGAAACCUCCCGGCCUUCCGACCCCGAAAUCCUCCUCUCCCGAAUCCUCGAGAAGAAUCUCCGACGUUCGCAAGCCCUAGAUACCGAAUCCCUCUGCCUCAUAGCCGGGCACAAAGUCUGGUCUGUCCGGGCAGACGUCCACAUCCUCUCCCACGACGGGAACCUCAUCGAUGCAUCCUGUAUCAGCGUCCUAGCCGCACUGCAGCACUUCAGGAAACCGGAUACGAGCUCGGAAGGGGAGAAUGUGACGGUGUAUACGCUGGAGGAGAGGGAUCCGGUGCCGUUGAGCUUGUUGCAUUUCCCGUACUGUGUGACGUUUAGUUUUUACCCGAGUACGGUCGAGGAAGGGGAGACGGUUAUUCUGCUGGAUUCGACGCUUUUGGAGGAGCAGUUGAGGGAGGGGUCGGCGACGAUUGGGAUCAAUAAGGAUGGGGAGCUGUGUCAGAUCGCCAAGUUGGGUGGUAUAUCCGUGGAUGCAGUGGCAUUCUUGGGCUGUGUUCAAGUUGCCCUGGCGAGAGUGAAGGAGAUUUCAACAUUCGUAAUUAAAAGAUUAGCAGAGGAUGCCAAAAAGAGGGAUAAGGGUGAUUUGAUGGCAGAGCUAAGAGCAGAAAACGACAGAUGA